CUUCGAACGAAAGGAUUACCAAAGUGAUACAAACGCAAUAUAAAUUAUUAAGAGUUUAAAACAAGAAUAUUUUACAGUCGAUAAACCUUAAAUUUCUAACAAAAAAUCUGUAUUAAAUUGAAUAGAAAAUAAUUAGUGUGACAAUGUUAUUUGGUUCUUGGCAGUUGAAAACAAUUGUCUAUGUUCUAUUUUUGGCUUCGUGUGUAGGUCAGGAACUAUUUCGCGCUUGUGAACGUGAUUAUUGUUAUGAACGUUCUGUCGAGAGCCGCAAAGAAGAUCCAAAUGAUUUAAGAAAGUGGUACCGUGAUAGCGGUGAAAGCAAAAGAUCUCUAGAACUCGUAAGAGAUGCAAAUCGUAUUGACAUUAAUGCUCUUGAUGAACGUAGUGAGGAUAAUCGUCGAAUAGAUCAAAAUCUAAAUGAACUCCGUCAACGCCAGAGCAAAAGUUAUGUACGUCGUGAAACUUUAAGGCGAUUAGAUGACCGAGAUCUUAUCAGGCGCUCAAAUGAGAACCGCGAUGAAACUAAACAAGAACGAACAGAACGUUUUGAUAAUUUAAGACGUUCUAAAAAUAACCGUGAAGAAGAUCGUGAAAGCAAACAGGAUAAUAUGGAAAAUCGAAACAACUUACGACGAUUGAACAAACUUGAAGCUCGAUAUGAUGCAAACGAACGUUCUGAAAAUAACCGUGAAAAACGUCUUGAAACUCUAAGAAAAUUUAAUGAACGUGAAGAUCAACGUGAUAUCAACAGACGCUCAGAAGUUACGCGCGAUACCCAAAGGAAACAUGAAUCAACUCAACGUUGUGAUGAAAAUAAACGAGAACGUUUAGAACGCUAUGAAAUCUCAAGAACUAGAAGACAUUCAGGGGACAAUCGUGCUGAAGGUGACAUUAGAAGGUAUGUUGGUGAACGUCAAUAUUCACCAAAGCGUCUUGAUGAAUCUCAACGUGAUAUUACCCGUUUAGACGACACUCGUUUUUCCGACGAACGUCUAGAUGAUAAUAAACGCGCACUAGUAGAGCGUGAUGAAUCAUUAAGACGACUCGAUAUCCGACAAUACCAACUUGGUGUUACCAGACGUACGGAAGAUAGCGAUGAACAACGUCAAAUUGACAAUCGUGAAACCCAUCAUAAUGUUGACAGACAAGUUGAUGAUACUCGUCAGUCUCGGCGUAUAGACGAACGUUUAUCCCAAAAGGAACAUGAAUUAACACUACAACGUGAUGGAAGUAAACGGGAGCGUGAAGAGCGCCAUGAACUUUUAAGACGACUAAAUGAGCGUGAAGCCCUACGAGAAAGUAAUAGGCUUUCAGAAAAUAACCAUGAACGAGUAGAUCGUGAUGAAUCCUUAAGACGACAUGAUGACCGCAGACAGGUUUUGCUUGAUGUUAGCAGACAGAUCCAUGAACAACGUCAAAUUGACAAUCGUGAAACCCAUCAUUCUGUUGCUAGGCUAGCAGAUAAUACUCUUCAGUCUCAACGCAUAGAUAAACGUGCCUCCCAAAGGAAACUUGAGUUAUCACAACGUCGUGAUGAAAACAAACUGGAACGUGAAGAACGCAAUGAAUUGUCAAGACGACUAAAUGAGCGUGACACCCACCGAGAAAUUAGCAGAUAUUUAAAAGACAACAAUGAAGAACGGGAAGAUCAACGUGACAUUAGAAGUCGUGGAGAUGCUACUCACGAAUCUCGUAGAACUUAUAGUGAUGUUGACAGACAUUCAGAUGUAAAUAUUGAUUCUCAAAGGGAACGUAUGGAACGCAGAUUUGAUGAUCGUCAGCAACAGCGUAAUGUUAUCAGACGUGAUGUACAACGUGAUGUUAACCGACAUUCAUAUGAUAUUCGUCAGUCUCGAAGAAUGGUUGAAAAGCAAAGAGAACGGCAAUCAGCACAACGUCGUGAUGUAAAUAAAAGUGAACAUGUAGAACGUUACGAAACUUUGAGGCAACUUGAUGACCGUGAAGAAAAACACGGUACCACCAGACGCUUAAAAGACACCCGUGAAUCUCGACGAUAUAAUGAGGAACUUUCACAGAAGGAACAAAGUGAUAUUAACAGACAUAUUGAUGAUACAUAUGAUAAUCAACGUAUAGAAUCACGAUAUUCUCGAGAAGAACGGGAAGCAAGGCAAGAUCGUCGCCAAAAUGAACAAGAACUAGUAAAAAGUCAUGAAUUUUUGGUGAGUGAAUCAUUACAAAAAGAAAAUAGACAUUUUGUAGACAAUCGCGCAGAACGUCAAGAAACUUUAAGACAAUUAAAUGAACGUGUUAGGUCAGAUACUCCUAAACGUCUACUCCAAACUAGACGUGAACAACAAGAAACUUUAAGACGACUUGAUGAGCGUCAAGCUUAUCGUGACAUCAGCAGGAGCUCGGAAGCUAACCGCGAAGACCGUCAAGAAUCUUUAAGACAAUUGGAUGAACAAUGUAUAGAUGAUAAAAGACGUGAAAGCAGUAGACGCUUGGAAGCCAACCGCGAAGAUCAACGUUAUAUCAACAGAAUUUCGAAAGACAAUCGUGAAGAACGUCAUGAAACUUUAUCACGAUUUGAUGAUCGUCCAACCGAACGAGCUGUAAGCAUGCGUUUAAAUGUUAUUCGUAAAUCUGAACGUGUCUCACAAAAGGAACGAGAACAAAUCGAAACCCGCGAAACCUUCAACAGAUUUGAUAAUCGUCAAACCGAGCGUGAAGUUACCAGACGUUCAAAAGACAUCGGUGAAGAUCGUCAAUUUAGACGAGAAGCUCAACGUGAUAUUAGGCAUUCAGAUAAUGAUACCCGUGAUUCUCCACGCACAGAUAAACGACUUUCUCUAAACGAACGUGAUUCAGUAUUUCGUCGUGAAGACAACAAUCGAGAACGAGUUGAAGCUCAACGAGAAGUAAAUCGACGCUUACAGGAACGACUUUCCCAAAGAGAACGAGAAGCUGAACGUCAAAGCGAAGAGCGAGAGCAUAGAAGAGAACGUGUGGAACGGCAAGAACAAAAAUUUCGUGUUUUCCAAAUGGAAUUUGAAAAUAGACGAAAUGAUGUUGUAGAACCUAAUACCGAGAGUACAUUUAUACUCAAACCAAAUAAUGAUAAUAACAAUCUACGUAAUUACCGCUAUAUCGAAGAUGACUAUACUGUGAAACCAACUGUUUUGCUCAAAAAGGUUUACUUGUUCUUGGGUCAAGGUAUGAUCUUGGCAUUUGUAAUUAUGAAAACUCUUAAUGGCAAAGAUGAUUUAAAAAACCAAUUACCCCAAAAACUACGUCAGGAACUAUUUCGUGCUGGUGAUCGUGAUUAUUGUUUUGAACGUUCUGUCGAGAGCCGCAAAGAAGGUCUAAAUGUGGAUAAUCGUCGAGAAGAUCUAACUCUAAAUGAACUCCGUCAACGCCAGAGCAAAUGUGGUGUACGUCGUGAAACUUUAAGAAUAAUAUGGAAAAUCGAAACAAAUUACGACGAUUUGAACGAACUUGAAGCUCAAUAUGAUGCAAACAAACGGUCAGAAAACAACCGUGAAAAGCGUCUUGAACGUGAAGAUCAACGUGACCUCAACAGACGUUCAGUAGUUUCUCGCGAUUCCCAAAGGAAACAUGAACCAAGUCAACGUCGUGAUGAAAAUAACGAGAACCGUGAAGAACGUCAUGAACUUUUAAGACGACUAAAUGAUCGUGAAGCUCAACGAGAAAGUAAUAGGCUUUCAGAAGAAAACCAUGAACGAGUAGAUCGAGUUGAAUCUUUAAGACGAAUUGAUGACCGCAGACAAGUUCAGCUUGAUAUUAGCAGACGUACAGAAGAGAACCAUGGACAACGUCAAAUUGACAAUCGUGAAACCCAUCGUAAUGUUGAAAGACGAGCAGAUAAUACUUUUCAGUCUCGACGUAUAGAUGAACGUCUCUCCCAAAGGAAACGUGAGUUAACACAACGUCGUGAUGAUAAUAAACUGGAACGGAAAGAACGCCAUGAAAUAUCAAGACGGCUUAGUGAGCGUGAAAUCCAACGAGAGUUUAACAGACAUUUAGAAGACAACAAUGAGGAACGAAAAGCUCAGCGUGAUGCUAGAAGGCGUGCAGAUGAUACUCGUGAAUCUCUUAGAAUUGAUGAAGGACUCUCUGAAAGGGAACGUGAAGCAACACAACGUCGUGAUGAAAAUAAACGAGAACGUGAUGAACGUGUAGAACGACAUGAACGGCAAGAAACUAUAAGAUUUAAUGAUCGUCAAUUAGAACAAAAUAGCCGUGAAGUACAACGUGAUGUUAACCGACGUUCAGAUGAUAUUCACCAGUCUCGACGUAAAGAUAUUCAGAAACCUUCACAAAGAGAACGGGAAUCAAGCCAACGUCGUGAUGUAAAUAAAAGAGAACGAGUAGAACGUUACGAAACUUUGAGGCGACUUGAUGAGCGUGAAGAUGAACGUAGUACCACCAGACGUUUAGAAGACUCUCGUGAAUCUCGACGUAAUAGUAAGGUACAUGAACAGAGGGAACAAAGUGAUAUUAGCAGACAUAUUGAUAAUACCCAUGAUUCUCGAGAAGAACGGGAAGUAAGACAGAAUCGUCGCCAAAAUGAAAACGAAUCUUUGAAGCGUGAAUCACUACGACAAGAAAACAGACGUUUAGUAGAUAAUCGCAAGGAACGUCAAGAAGAUUUAAAACAAUUAGAUGUACGUGUUGAUAUUAGGCAUUCUGAUAGUACUCCUGAAUUUGAAGGCUUAAUUGAAACUAGACGUGAACGACAAGAACGUGGAGAAACUUUAAGACGAAUUGAUGAUCGUGAAGCUUAUCGUGACUUCCGCAGAAUAUCAGAAGACAAACGCGAAGACCGUCGAGAAUCUUUAAAACAAUUGGAUGAACAACGUACGGAUGAUAGAAGACCUGAAAGCAGUAGACGUUUGGAUGACAAACGCGAAGAUCAACGUGAUAUCAACAGAAUUUCGAAAGACAAUCGUGAAGAACGUCAUGAAACUUUAACACGAUUUGAUGAUCGUCAAACCGAACGAGCUGUAAGCAUGCGUUUAAAUGCUAUUCUUAAAUCUGAACGUGUCUCACAAAAGGAACGAGAAGAAAUAGAAACCCGCGAAACCUUAAACCGAUUUGAUGAUCGUCAAUCCGAGCGUGAAGUUACCAGACGUUCAAAAGACAUCAGCGAAGAUCGUCAAUUUAGACAAGAAGCUCAACGUGAAGUUAUUAGGCAUUCAGAGGAUGACACCCGUGAUUCUCCGCGCACUGAUAAACGUCUUUCUCUAAACGAACGAGAACGAGUUGAAAGUUAUGAAACUUUGAAACGAUUUGAUGACCAUGAAACUGAACGAAAAGUAAAUCUACGUUUACAGGAACGACUUUCCCAAAGAGAACGAGAAAUGGGACGUCAAAACGAAGAGCAAGAACAUAGAGGAGAACGUGUGUUACGGCAAGAACAAAAUUCUAGUGUUUUCCAAAUGGAAUUUGAAAAUAGACGAAACAAUGUUUUAGAACCUAAUACCGAGCGUACAUUUAUACUCAAACCAAAUAAUGAUAAUAACAAUCAACGUAAUUACCGCUAUAUCGAAGAUGACUAUGCUGUGAAACCAACUGUUUUCCUCAAAAAUAGCUACUUGUUCUUGGGUCAAGGUAUGAUCUUGGCAUUUGUAAUUAUGAAAACUCUUAAUGACAAAGAUAAUUUAAAAAACCAAUUACCCCAAAAACUACGUGCGGCUGUUGAUAUGAUAGGUUUUUAA